AUGUACGAGGUCUACGACAGCGACCUCGACGGCUGGACGCCCGGCGCGUUCCACGCGGCCGUGGACCGGCGGGGCCCGGGCGUCGUGCUCUGCGAGGCCGAGGACGGGCAGCGCUUCGGCGGCUACAACGCCAAGGGCUGGGUCGGCUACGGCGAGUACCGGCCGGGCCUCAGCAACUUCCUCUUCGCCUGGAACAAGGCGGGCGAAAACUUCGUCAAGCUGCCCAAGGUCGGCGGCGCGGGCAUGGGCGUCGUCGACAAGCCGGAGCAGGGGCCCAUGUUCGGCGCCGAGGGUUUGUGCGUCCCCAUGCGCGCGGAGAACCCGCGCCUCGCGCGGUGCAAGCUCGGGCCCUACUACGCGCGCAUGAAGGGCGGCCGCGGGUCCAUGCUCCGCGACGGCGAGCCGGGGAGCAUGGUCAAGCGGAUGACCGUGUACGUGGGCAACUGGGGCGCCGAGUCCAUCCCCUUCGACGACGCCAUCCCCUUCUCCCUCACCUAA